GACGAGGGACAGUGGAGAGCGUGAAAGAUGUCGUCCCCGUCGAUGUCUACAAGCCCGACGAUUGUGCUCGAGCACGAGCGCGGAAGGACGGGUUCCGAUUGGAGGCCGAGUCGGGAGUCGGCCAACGACCUCAUAUUUAGUGCCCCGACGUGAGACUCAGAGUUUCAGCAUUUGUGCCCCUGCGGCGAGGUCGGACCGGCUUCUCAUCAAAUGGAGCUCGAUCGAUCGAUCUGAGUGAAUGCAGCUAAUUGUGCGUAAUCACGAGGAUAGAAGCAACUUUUCAAUUUUGAAUAGUUAGUUGUUAGAAGAUGGCGAAAGCGCGGAGCGUCUCGGCUCAGCCGAAGAAGGAUAAAGUUGAAAAGAUCGAGAAAGUUCUUUCCACUAAACCUCUAUCUGCCCACGCACCAAUCGUCACCUAUGUGUCCAUGACUACGUUGCUCCUCUUGUGUCCACCAUUCGUCAUUGCCUUAUGGUACACUAUGGUAGAGGCAGACGGUUCUUUCAUGAACCUGGGAAAGUUUAUUGCUAAGUCCGGAUUCAGCGGAUUUUGGUCAAUCUGGCCCAGACCAACGUGGACAGCCUGUAAAAUAAUUCUGGGUUUUGGCGCCUUUGAGGCGCUCCUUCAGGUGGCUCUUCCUGGUGAAGAGUAUUUGGGUCCUCUUUCGCCCACGGGCCAUCGUCCUGUCUACAAGAGAAAUGGAUUUUCUGCUUUCAUAGUAACAAUGGUAACGUACUACGUUCUUUGGAGGGAAAAGGUUUUUAACCCAGCCAUUGUGUACGACCAUCUUGGCGAGAUUCUUUCAGCACUCAUCUUUGGGAGCCUUGCUUUCUGUGUCCUCCUUUACAUUAAGGGACACCUAGCACCAUCAUCUACAGAUGGAGGUACUUCCGGCAACGUCCUCGUGGACUUCUACUGGGGAAUGGAGUUGUACCCACGUAUUGGCAAAUGGUUUGAUAUCAAGCAGUUUACCAAUUGUCGAUUUGGGAUGAUGUCGUGGGAAGUAUUGGCCCUCACGUAUUGCAUCAAGCAGGUUGAGCUUGAUGGGAAGUUGAGUGACUCCAUGCUGGUCAAUACAGUUCUUAUGUCCGUGUACAUUGCGAAGUUCUUUUGGUGGGAACCCGGCUACAUGGCUUCCAUGGAUAUUGCUCACGAUCGUGCGGGAUUCUAUAUCGUAUGGGGUUGCUUGGUAUGGGUUCCAUGUAUUUAUACAUCCCCGGGAAUGUACCUCGUGAAGCACCCCGUAGAACUUGGCUGGCCUGUUGCAACUCUAAUCACUUUGGCUGGGCUCACUUGUAUCUACAUUAAUUACGAGUGUGACUAUCAAAGGCAAUUGUUUCGUCACACAGGAGGUACAGCAAAAAUAUGGGGACAAGUACCCACGAAGAUCGUUGCUCAUUACACUACUGAAGCCGGUGAACCAAAGCAGAGUAUCCUCUUAACUUCUGGCUGGUGGGGUGUCUCACGUCACUUCCACUACGUACCAGAAAUUCUCGCUGCCUUUUUCUGGAGCUUACCUGCUCUUUUCUCAAAUUUUGCACCGUAUUUUUAUACUGUCUUUUUGACAAUAUUGCUAUUUGAUCGCGCGAAAAGAGACGAUCAAAGAUGUCGUGCCAAAUACCAAAAGUAUUGGGACCAAUAUUGCAAGAAAGUUAGGUAUGCGAUUGUUCCGGGUAUUUACUGAGCUCGGAUCUCAAAUUGACCCAAAGUCUGUUUUUCCGUAAGGCUUCGGAGCAAUCAAUUUGCAUCUACUGGUUAGGAGAACUUAGAGAAACUGAAGACAGACUCUCAUGGCGCGAUUACUGACUCUACUUUAAGUUGGAAAGAAGGGUCCUAAGAGAACCUAAACUACCGCUGGCGAGAAUGUUCCUUCAAGCUUAAUCGUUCUUUCAUCGCAUGCCUUUCAGUACCUGACUCCAUAAGUAGAACUCGAAUUAUGGCGUAACGACGAGUUCAUGGAGCUUUUAACUUCACCAAGAAAGCAGAUGGUCUCACAGCUGCGCGUAGAUCAUCUGUACUAUGCCCGGAUUGAUGAACAGUAGUUCUCUUUAAGUUCUACUUAUUGUGGAGUGACUCUUCCGGAAUUGUACAGUUAGAUCGCUGUAAAGCAAGUUCGGUUGUGGAGAUUGACACCGAAGGCCAAAUUUUUUCUUGGCUUUUUUAGAUGACUGGGAGUGUCGCCUUAAUUUCAUCAUCCACUUUUUCUGGUACCUCGUCUUAGGACUAAAACAUAAGAGGAUUUAGAAAUAAACAAAUGUGUGGAUCUAAUCAAUAUCUUGUCGUCCUUUCAAGAGGGGUAUUUCGAAGAAUCUGGUUUAAAGCCAAGUUCGAAGACUUCAAUCGG